AUGCCACAGAUAUACCCUUUAAUGUCAAGAAGCGAACCCCCACAGCGCUCACGGUCGUACUCGGCAUCCUCAGCUUCAUCCUCGUCGUCCUCUUCGUCCAACCUACAGCCUCACGACGCCGAUGACACUAUCGUAUUAUCGGAUCUUGUGCGCACAGGCGAGGCCUCUCGUUUACGUCGUCGAGGCGCUAUGCGCAUCGACCACAAUGCAUUGCACCCCGACGGCAACAGGGCACCAGCCGCUGCUGAAAGGCAGAACUGGGACUCUGACUACGACAUGGAUCAAGUGGUUGUCGACGGGCACUUUGGGCGGCGAUAUCCUCGACGAAGGCGCUCUUCGCGGCGUUACGGACCUUACACCUCCAAUGUGCCCCCUCGCCAGGAACAAGAACCGGAUGAAUACGUCUUCACUCUGACUUGUGGUGCCGAAGUGACGAGCUGCGACUUUGGUGAUACGGAACCUUUCAAACCCAGCGUUCUACCGCUCUAUCCUCCCUCCGCGUCAUCGUCUGCGACAUUAAAGCAGGACGCGAAGCGCAGCACUGGAUGCGGUGCUGUGAUUCACGUCCGUGCUGCUCCACGUCCUCGGGUUAGCGUCUGGGCGGCCAGGAGUGCAGCUACGGAUGCCGUGGUACCGCUAGACGCUUGCUACUUUGAUACAAGGGAGGCGGCGAGGUUCGUGCGGAGUUCAUGCGGCUGUGUGAAGGAAGGUGUCGGGUGCGCGGUGUGUGGAAACCCGCUGGGUAUGCGGUAUACUCCCUGCAAGUCAGCGUCCGACAGUUUCUUCAGCUCGCGCAGCAACGACAAGGUCCGGACACAAGGCCCAGACGGCCAACAGUCUUCACAAUCAUCCACUUCCCAAGCAUCAGACCACAGCAUCUACACUUUUUUCUCCGAAUCCGUAACGUCGACACCAUCAUAUCAAUUUCCUCCACAAAAGCCUGGCGUGCGGCGCUCCUACUCUGAUAUCUCUAUCGACAUGGUCGCCUACGCCCCUCCAGACCCUACCGACUUCUUCAUCCAACCCGACGAGGAAGAAGACAUUGGGGCAUACGCCGGCGAAUGGCAGCCCGCUCCGCCCUUUAUACUUGAAGCGAUGUCAUCAAGUGGACCUGAUGAAAACACUGUACCCUUUCCCGGGAUGGCCGCUCCAGAACCUGCCCCGACGAUGGUGCUCGACCGGUUCGCAACAUCAUCUCCUACCCCUCUAUCUGACGUAGAAGAGGACUCUGGCCCGUCAUCGUGGGGCUCACCACCCCUGCGAAUACGCAAUAUAUCGCACGCGAGGAGGCCACUCAUCCACCCCGGGUCGUUCGAAGAGGCCAUCUCGGACUCGCCUGCGCCAGUGUCGUUCUACCAACAGCAGAUCUUGGUCGCGUGGGAGCAGGAGAGGGAGAGAGAGCUGGAACGCGAGAGGAGGCGGGCGGCGACGAGACGGGGCGGGUUUGAUCCUGACGGUGAGAGUGCGGUGUGGGGAUCCGUGAACGCGGAUGGGGAGGAAACGAACGGUUCUGCCGAUUCAGUGUUAGAUCCUGGGUCGCCUGACAAGCCUCCUGAGGGACCGUUCUUCGCUGGGUCCGAGCGGUGA